UGUUGCAAAACGCACGCUCUUCUCAUUUGUUGCUAAUGUUUUUUUGGGAGUGGUUUUGUUUGUUAAUUUAACUCGCCUAUUUACCUUGAGCUUAUCCGCUAUCUAUCGAUUGCGUUAAUUACUCGAGAUAUACGAUGAAAUCGUGGGAGAUAGCUCUGGUGUUGGUCGCCGCAGUGUACUUGUGUUCGCAAGUAAACUUCGUGGCCGGUCUGGAGUGCUAUGUGUGCUCCAACCAGACGGGCAACACGGAAAAGUGCCUGAACACCAUCAAGACCUGCGAGCCCUUUGAAAAUGUCUGCGGCACGGAGAUCCGCUGGGGAUCCCAGCCGUACUUCUCGGAGGGUGCCCUGAAGCAGUACUACGUCUCCAAGAGAUGCAUGACCAAGGAGCAGUGCCAGUCCAAGAGGAAGCGGUAUAUGCAGCUCUACUGUACCCACAUCUGGUACGAGGAUUGGGCGUGCAAUGAGUGCUGCAAGGGAGAUCGGUGCAACUACUUUGUGAUUAGUGGCGCUCCUUCAAGACAAGGCUAUGGAGUCUGUUUCACCCUGUUCGCCGCACUAUUAGGUCUUGGAACUUGGCUUAUGUCACGCUCUUAGCCUCAAGAGCCUAUACUAUACCAAGCACAUUUCGCUUUUUGUAUUAUUUAAAAGAAGCCGUCCAUAAGCUAAGUAGAUUCCACACUCGAAUUACCGGUACACCGUCCAAGUGCCUUGACUCAGUUGGGAAGUAAUUCCAAUUACUAUCCUGAUGCCUUGCGAAGCAUACUUUACACACUUUCAACAAGGUAUAUAAUAUUUGGAAAUUGCCGAGGAAUUAAUUUUUUCUGUACGUUUUAAAACUUAUAUUUUUUAACGUGUCAGUUUUCUAAUUUUUUAGACAUUUCAUGUUUCUGAGAAAACUUUUAUACAUCAAUGACCACAAAGCGCUAUUUUAAUUAUUCAUUGCUUAUUUUUAGAAUUUUAUUAAUGAAUACAAAUUCCGGGCACGAAAUUUCCCAAAACAAGAGAAAGCUCAAACAAAUACAUUAAGUAAUUUAAGAAUCGAAUUAAAGCCUUACAAAAAAUAAUCUGUUUCAUAUCGAAUCUCCCCCACAAUAAAGCAACUUUGACGUCUU